AUGUGGCUCCUCGAUGUCAUCUUCGAAUAUGCGGCCCCAUUCUUCCUCAUUACUUCACCCAUCACGUCCUACGCCGAUCAGAUUCAUAGCAUUCAUCGGAGCAAGAGCUCGGCCGGCUUCUCCCUGGAUAUUCCCCUGAUUAUGCUCAUUGCAUCGAUUUUCAAGUUUUUUUAUUGGUUCGGCUCUUACUAUGCGACUUCGUUGUUUGUUCAGGCAGUCAAUAUGAUAUUCGUGCAAUUGGUAUUGCUUAAGAUCGCGUUAAACAACCGACCGACUCCCGGCGCGAAAGAAGGCAUUGAGCAUGUGCCCUUUACUGCACAACGCCAGGAUAACUCGUUUAUGGGGUUCUCGCGGCCGUAUAACUUCUGGCGUUGGAGGAGCGAAAAGCCGUAUUGGACCUUUCUCAGCUACUUCACCGGCAUUCUCUUCGUGAUACACGUUUUCCUCCCCUUUAUAUCCCAAACCGAGACCUACAUCAAUAUCCUCGGCGUCGCUGGACUAACAGUCGAAGCUUUCCUCCCUGUUCCGCAAGUUCUCGCAAACCAGCGUUCACGAUCCUGCAAAGGGUUCCGCGUGUCUGUUCUGGGUUCCUGGCUUCUCGGUGAUGCUAUGAAGAUGAGCUACCUGUUCUACACCCAGGACGUCAUUCCACCUGCCUUCAAAUUCUGCGCAAUAUUCCAGUGCAUGUGCGAUAUGUACUUGGGUCUACAAUAUUUGAUGUAUGGUGCCGGCACCAGCAAAGCCCAAUAUCCGAGUGAGAAAGAAAUCCAUUUGGGAUGA